GAGAGAAAGAUAUCGUCACACGCCUACCCUGGACGGGCGGAGGGAAAGAGGGCGCUGCCCGGCGCCUCCCGGGCUAGACUCCCUCCGGCGCCAAAGGCGGCGGCGCAACAAGGGGUCGGGGACCGGCCCGCUUCCCUCACGCCGGGGCCCCCCUUCCUCACCCGGGAACCGGAGCUGGGCGCAAGGAGGCGACCCUUCCUUCCCUCCGUCUCUAUGGCGCGCCGGUGACUUCCCGGAUGAGGAAGUGGGGCGGCCCAUAGAGAAGCAGGGAAAGAGCGGCGCGAUGUCGGAGGGAGCGGAGCUGGCUGCGGCCUGCGGAGGAGCGCCCAGGGCGUGAGUGCAACUGUCCUGAUGCAGCAUCUGCUGAUGUGGAGUCCCUGGAAAAAAGCCAUUUUGAUCUUCUCAGUUUCUCCAUGUCUGCUGUGGUGCAAGAACUGUACUCAGGGCUUCCUGUCACCCUUGCCACUGAACGUACAGCUCUGUUGGAUCCCGCAAUCGUAUUCGGUGCAAAACCUGACGCACCGGCCUUUGUCCUGUCAUGUAGCAGUUUGCCGUCUGAGCACUACCGAACUCAUGGGUUGAAAAUCUGUUCCAAGGAUUCUGCUGAAAGGCUGGAUUGCACAGGCAAAGCACCUUCUCCUGGACUAAUGGAUCUGCCAUCUCAAGAGCCUGUAGAAGCUGGAGGUCUUGUUAAGGAUGAUGAGACCCUAAAUAGGGAUGUGAUGAAACUGGACCUUAAUCAUGGAUGCUCGAAGGAAGAUGCAGGAGCGGCAAAGGACUUGGGCAGUGUUGUUGAGGAAGGCCUUGCACAAUAUUCUCUAAUCUCAAAGGAAAUCUCCAAAGAAAAGGCACCUUGCCUAAUCCAUGAGGGGAGAAAAUUUCUUCCAAGACCUUCCAGUGUUGAAAUAGCAAGCUUGCAGCAGAAUCCAGAAGAAAACCAAGCAAAUGUGCAAGUGACAACUGAAAAUCUGUCAGACCCCAUGAAAGAAGCACAAGGUAUGAAGGCUGAUGGGACGGAUGGGCUGUUUAGUAAAGCAGGCGAGCGCAGUGUCCGAGGGAGUGCAGGUGUUUCACCCGAGAGCAGUGAGUCCUCAGAGAUAGACACAGUCAUGGCCAAAGUUGAGGUUUCAGAAACCAACACCUUAGUCUCUCUAGAGCCUGUAAGCACGAUGGACAAUGCUUCAGUGAACAAGCAGCUGCAGGGAGAAGAGGAGGAAGGUAAAGGUCUGACAGCCUGUGCCACUUCAUCAGUAACAAGAGAUGUCCUCCCCAGCCCAGAAGCUGGGGGAAAUCAGUCCCUCAGUCAGGACGUGGAAGUGAAUGCAGUCCUUGAUGAUUAUCCAUCUCCCCUGCAAGAUAAGAUGAACUUGCAUGAUAACAGUGGCUCUGCUCCAGUUUUGGAAAGCAAGAUUACCAUUGAACCUCUGCUGUCAAACUCAGGCUCUGAAGCUUCAGGUCAUCCCUUGAAAGGUAGCCUGGAGCUUGGAAACACACUCUGGGAAGAGAACGUGGAUGUCUUUGAAACUGUUUGUGAAAUGCAGGAGGAAGGCUGUGUUGGUGGAGAGGAAGAAGACUUGAGAAGCUGUGAAAAAAUGGAGGUUCUGGAAGGAUGGGCCUGUGAGCCGAAUGCGGGUGAGACUUUGCCCCCAAUAUGGAGCAGUGAAGAGCUGCCCAGCAAGAGCAGUAAUGAGCAAGAGGUGGGUGUUCAAGACGUGGAUCGUGCAUAUAGUUGUGUCUCUGACGGAGCUGUUGAGGUCCAGCAAGAAGGUGCUGUCCAAUGCCGCUGGAAAUACAUUGAAGAGAACUCUCAUCCAGAGAACAACGGCUUUGUGGUUCCUGCUGGAUCAUUUGCAGUGGCAAAGAUUGUGUGUCCAGAGGAUGGCAUCUCUUCAUCAUCUGAAGGUCAUUCAGAAGAUAGUUUAAGACCAGCCUCUUCAGGGAUCGGCAUCAUUCAAAGGGGUAAGCGUCCCAGUUGUGGAAGACUGGCCAUUGAGGAAGAAGAAAACAGGUCUCUUGUGAUGGAACAGGAAAACUUUGGUUGUUUUCAGAGCAGCUGCAGUAUAAGCAUUGAUUCAAAUCCCACCCACCACGACUCUUUGGAUUGUAGCUGCAAAUUAGGUGAAGUGAACUUACUGCAAAUGCAACCCAACAGUGGUCCAAGAACAGAAAUCCUAAAGAGUGCUUCAGCUGUGCAGGUCCUUGCUACCAGUGUAGGAGAUGUUAACUUAGCCGCAGUUGAAGGAAACCCCCAAAUGACUCAACUCUCUGACGAGCAUUUGUCUAUCCAACGAUCGGAGAGGGUUUUAAGUAGCAGCAAGUUCCUAGACAACCUGCCCAAAGAAGAAUUCCCUGCAAAGCUGGAGAUGCAGCACACUCGCUUCGUACUUCACGCCAAGAAAGAGUUGCCUUUGAAAAGUCAAGAUGUUUGUAGUUGUGCUGUAACAAGCGAACAGUCUGGGAAAAGCACAGCGCUUCUGCUGAGGGAUGCAGAACAGCGGCCGGCUGAUAUGGAAACGGUACAGGCCAAGGCGUGCCAUGUUGGGGACCAGCGUGUGAACAGUCUCUGUGCUGCCAGUGAGACUUGCUGCACUAUGUCAGGAGGUGCACCCUUAGAUGAUGAUUAUGAUGAUGAAGACGACCUCCAUGAUGUUCUCAAAAGGAGAACGGAAUCAAAAGCUGAAGGAUCUGAUGGACUGGAAGCAAGUCCCCGCUCUGCAUCCGACCGGGAAGGCAUCUCUCCCGAGGAGUGUGGGGGUGUUAAGGCGGGGGGUCACCAUCCCUGUGGAAAUAGCUGUGAAGACUUGGAUGAAGCUUGUUCUCUGAAGGCCAAAGCAUCAGAGUCAGAUGUGGUGGCUGAAAAUCGAUGGACUGGCAGUGACAAUACUUGUGUGAAAUCAGAAGAAAUUUUGGAUGUUGAUGGCCUUGGAUGUCUUUUCCCUCCAGAUUCAAACCUAGAACAGAGACUAAUUAAAGCUUCAGUGGUAGCUGACUCUGAUGGAGCAGAAGCAGCUGAAAGGGUAAAAAUGUACAAAGGGAGCUGGAGAAAUGGGCUCAGUGAGAAGCCAGCAGGUGACAGGGAUUUGGACAAAGCCAGCUGUCCUUUUGAAUGUGGCGAGGCAGAAGAAGGGCGGCAUCAAGGUCAUCCCUCCUCCUCCACACCCGAGCCCCCCAAUGUGAAGAGUGCCAACAUCCCUGGUCACACAGAGCAGCAGCACAAUUCUUUGCUCUUGGAGGAUUUGUGUGUUGUCAAUCCAGGUCAGCCGAGGGGAGCCAUUUGUCCGACAAAAGUUCGGUCCCUUCCGUAUCAGAAUUCUCAUCUUAACAAACUGGUUUUGUUGAAUCAGAAAAAUGAAUCCCUAGAAAGAGAAGCUUCAGAAUGCCAGCUGCCUCCCUUGAUGUCCUCGGAGAAGCAAAAGGAAGGCCAUUCUACAGAGACUGUGACCUGCUCAGCUGAAGAAACAGAAAAACCUGUCAACUGCAGUCAAAACGAACUGCUGUGUCCAAAGAGAGUUCACCACAUGACUCCAACUCCACCGCUUUUAACAGAAGAAAAAGGUGUUCAAGGGAAAUUUCAGCAAAGUACGUUAGGUUAUUGCACCUCCAUUAAAGUGGUGCCAGAAUUUACUGGCAAUCCACGAAAAGAGUCUGUAGAAUUAAAAAAUACUGACCCACAUUCAGAAUGUGCUCCUGAACUCCUGAGGUUGAAUGGAUUUAUUACAGAUCAGGCUCCUCAAGCAACAACUGAUGAACUCUCUCCUGCCUCUGAGGCAGUCAGCAGGAAUCCUUCAGAGGUGCUAGAUAAAAAAGCAUUUCUAAAGUGUAACAGUAAGCCUGCUUCAAUUCCUAGUCAAAUGUUUUUUCAGCCAGACCCUUUAACCUCCGCCACAGCAAAUGGUCAGAAAGUUAUGGAGGGGGUCCAUUCAACGCUGCUUGAGAAAAAACAAGUACCUAGUUUGGCAAGUAUGUGCUUAGGAGUGCAGCUUGCUCAGAUUCCUGGGGUCGCCUGGUCUCAAAAAGAUGAUCCAAGUACUUCACCUUCUCCACAUGCUCUCUCCUGUCCUCUUGUGAAAGAGCAUCCUGGAAUAACGGAGUCCAUGGGGAGAGAAGUUGACGAUCAUCGUGCCAACCCGUUAGCAUCAGGUUCCGAGAAUGAAGAAGCAAGCUGUUCUGUCAAAGAGGAUACACCCUUAGACUAUCCUCCAGAUAGCCAGGAAAUGUCCACAUGCACAGAAGAUACCAAGCCAGGGGCAGAAGUAGCAGAAGACGUUGCAUCCAUCACUUCCCACAGUCCUGAUCCCUCAAAGAAGAAGAUUAAAGCAUCUUUAGAAGUUGGCCAGGAGGAGAGCAGUCUAACCACUGAGAAGAUGGAAUUGUCACCUCACCCUCUUUCUGGCACUGAAGAGUCUUCUGGAGCUGUCUUGCGAGGCUUGACGAUUCUUGCAGAGGGAGGAGAAAUCGCUUUCCCUUUCAAAAUUGAAAUACACGCAUGGCCUUCCUUCACCCACCAACCUGGACGCAUUUCAGGACUGGGCUCAGCAAAAGUCAAAGAUCCUUCGACCCCAGCAGUUGUUUUUCGACGUCAUUUGGAGAACAUGAGUUAUGCUUUGCAAAUGAAAUACUUACACUUAUGUCCCACAAGACGGUCUCUGGAAAUCUCUUACAGCAUCAUCCCUUGUGUGUCUUCAGGUGGCUGUAGGCUAGAAGCCUCCCCAAAAGGAAGAAGUCUGCAGGCUGCGGAGGGCUGCCAGAAGCUGGCAGGAGACAAAAAGAAGCCGUUGAAGGACCACUUGGCCAGCCUAGGCGCUGUUGAGAAGGCGAGAGGUUCGGAAGCAGGUGAUCGUCUGAUGCUUACCCAGAAGCCCCUGCGAGAGGAGGCUGAGCAAACUCUUGCUUUGCCUGUCGCUUCCUGUGAUGCGGUUGGUCAAGAAGAGGGAGCAGAAGUGAAGGCAACAGUCAAACGCCCCUUGAAGCGGAGACUCCUCAACUUGGGGCCUCCUUUAGGCAGCUCUUCCCGUGAGAUGGUGGUGAAGUCUGGAGGUCCUGCAUGGCGGGCUUUUGCUGGGGGGAGUGCAGUUGAGGACGGCAAGUAUGAAGAUCCGUGGUGCACUUUAAGGAGAGCGAAAAGGCCAAAGAGAGUCAAGGACCUCAUUGAGUUGAAAUGUCCAGAGGCUGAAAGCCUGAGCCUUUGUUUCAGGAGCCAGGGCCGGCAGUCAGCUGCCAGCAAUAGCCCUGUCCUUCUAGUCUUUUGCACAUUGCCACAAACCGCUGGCUUUAGUUAUGACAGAAGCAGGAGUCCCUCGAUUCGCACUCACAAAAUAAGACCACUUCUUCCAUUCAGGAGGCAACCGGGCAAAGCCUGCUUUAGGGUUCGUGUCCCAGGCCAAUUCAGAGUGGCAAGAAGUCACCUAAUGGCAAAUUCUGCUUUCCUGAGGGACCCCAAUCCCAAAUGCCAGCUCAUGGAAUCUGUCUGUUUUGCCAUGAAGCCUACAGGGAGCAAAGUAGGCAUGGUCAGGGCCCAGAUGCCAAAGCAGCGAGGCAGCCCAAGCAGCUUGCCAGACAGCCCCUGGCUUAGAAACCAUACCAAAGAACCAGCCCUCUUGAGGAAGCUAUCCGUGUUGGCCGAUAAACUGCUGGCCCCUCCACGGAGCCCUCAGAAUCUCACACAGCUCUUGGUUUCCACUGAGCUUCUCCCUGUGCCUGAAAACUACAGCCAGCUGGGAAGUAAGAAGCUCCUGGAAGUUUUCUCCUGUGUUGAUAUGAAGUUAAACUCUCCGUGGCUUAAGGGUGGCAGCUGCAGCUUGAAGAUGUUCAGCUCUCAGUCCUUGGCACUCUAUCCUCUUGAGCUGACCAACCUGUUCUUUUUGGAACUCGGCAACAAAACCUCCCUGGCCUUCAGCACCCCUGUCUUCCCCGUUUCUUUUCACAUAAAAAUGGACUCCAGCCCAACGAGCAACCUCCUGGGGCUGACGUCCCUGCACAGUGCCCCUCACAGCCACCAGCCGGUGCUGGGCGAGGCCCAGGCCUUGCAGCCUUCCAAGUGGGCCUUUUCUUUCCUCCUGUCUCAGAACUGCCUGGGCGUAGCGCCAAUCCAGAAAGAUGCCUGCAUCCCUUCUGUAUCACCUGCUGUGCCCCCAGCCUCGCCAACAGCAGCCAAGGGCAGGGGAAGAGAAGCUGCAGCUCACUGGAGGAGGGCAGGGGGCUGUCCCACACUUGCUCACCCGACCGCCCUGGCCCUGUCCUCCCUCGGCUGCUAUCGGGUCUGGACAAGAAAAAGAAACCUUGGCCAUCGCAUCCCGACUCUCCCAAAGCUGGCUGUGCGCCAGUUCACCCGUGGCCUGAAGGGGUUAACAUGCUCCCCUGUUGUGUCAGCUGACCUCUCCUCUUCCUGGCCCUCUUCGCUGGGCAGAGUUCUGUCCAUCUGGAGCCGGCAUGGGCCUCCCACCUGUCCUUCCGAAAUCACGCCUCUCCGUUCCAAUCUCGGCAAGUGGCAGCCAGUCAGGGUGGCAACCGCAAGGCUGGGCUUCUUCGGGAACAGCUCUACCAUGUUGCCCCAGGUGCCUGACCAGUUGGUUGACAACCCCAGGGCUGCAAGUGAUGCUUGGAGGUUGGAGCCUUCCUUCUCUGCAUCGUUACCUACAUCUUGCUCGGUUCUAGAGCCGGCCCGCUCUCCUCUCGGACUUCCAGCGCCUUCAUUUCAGGUCCAUCCCUUGGAUCGGCUGGACGUUCCUGUCCCUGUCUUGCCCGAGGCUGGCAGCCGUCUUGAAAAAGCUGACUUGGAGACGAGGCCGAAGAAGGUGUCUCAGAUCCGGAUUCGGAAGACUGUUCCUAAGCCAGAUCCCAACCUCACCCCCAUGGGACUUCCCAGGCCCAAAAGGUUAAAGAAGACAGAAUUCAGUUUAGAAGAAAUCUACACCAACAAGAACUACAAAUCUCCCCCAACAACCAGGUGUCUGGAAACCAUCUUUGAGGAGCCAAAGGAGAAGAACGGAUCUCUGAUCUCCGUCAGCCAGCAGAAGAGAAAGCGGAUUUUGGAGUUCCAGGAUUUCACUGUUCCCCGGAAGAGGAAAGCUCGCAGCAGGGUCAAAGCCACGGGCGGUUCCACCCGGGCCCAAAAGGCAGCCUUGGAGGGAAGAGAACUUGAUAUCCUUCUGAUCCAGAAACUGACGGACCUGGAAACCUUCUUUGCUAAGGAGGAAGAGCAGGAGCAGGCCUCUGGCAGUUGAGGAUGGGCCGCCAGCUGGAAACAGCCCAUGUCCUCUAGUGCUCCAGUGUGCCCGGAAGGGCACUUCAUUGCUUUUCCUGUACGAAACCACUCAACUCUGAUCCCCGGAUGAUCAGCUCUUGUGUACAGGCCUGUCUGGCAUGGCCAUAAUAGGUAUUUUCUUAAACACUGGAGGAGAUCCGCUAAUUUCCUUUUAACCCAGCCAGGCGGCUCUGUCUUCUUCCUCAUUCCAGUGUCACUGAAAAUUAUUGUUAAUAUCCUCUGGGGAAAAUGAGUGGGGCAGAUUAAAGGCUCAGGUGAUGCACCUUCAAAGACAACAGGAUUUUAAGAACUUCCAAAUGUUUUGUUUUGGCUCCUGCUGCUCUGCUCCUCCGUGCCCUCUCCCCCCCCCCCAGAUGUUGGGACCAAGCUAGGAGGACCAAUGAGCUUGGGUCACCUUAUUCAAGAGCAACCCUUGUGAAGCAAGAUUUAAAACAGGGUGUGGCGUCUCCGUCUGGUGUAACCAGCAAGGACCCACUGCAGUUCUCUCGAUCCAAAUUGUCUCAGCAGAAGUCUCGGGCGAGACCAGAGCAUCAGAAGUUGCACUUUUGUAUUUUGUUUGCUGCAUGUGGACCCACUUUAAUAUGUACAGACGGACUCUGGAGUGGAGGUUCACCUGUGAAAUUACCUUAGUUGUUUAUCCCCCCCGCCCAGCUCUCUCCUCCAGGUUCCUUUUUACUGAAACCUUUUGGUAUUUGACACACCAGUGAAAUUCAGUAACAAUUCACCACAUUUCACCUCUCUUAGCAACGCUGACCUUUCUCUCUUAUCUUUCUCCUGUUUUUAACUUGAAUAUUACAGGUCUGGGGCCAAGUGUUGCCUGGUUCUUCUAGCUGAACAAAUGAAUUAAUAAACUGGCCUGGCUAGCAGUACACUGCUGGAUCCUGACAUGUGCAAGCUGAUGAGGAGCAAGUCAUUCUUUGUAGCCACACUCAGGAAAUCUUAGCCUCUUCCCCCCCCCCCAGGCAGUUGGAAUGUUGCUGCGCUGUGGGAUUCUCCAAUACACCUGUUUUUCCUUUCCUUUUUAUUUGAACAUUUCACAUGGUGAACCACAGCUGCUGUGCAGCUGCAGUCCCCAUAAUUUGGGCCAGCUGUAAUGGCUGAAAUGCUCCAAGGUUACCUCCCACAUCCUCCCAUCUAAAAUUUGCACUUUCCGUACCUCUCAUGCCCCUUUUUGGAUACCUUCUUUAUCUCCAGAAAGAGUGGAGUUCCAGCAGUCCAGUGAAAUAGCGGAUGAUGGUCCCUUAGGCAAGCCUAGGGAUGAAAACUGUGGGCUGCCCUCUCUCCUUAUGACCAAGGACGCUAGAAGUUGAAGGAGUCGCCUGUGGAACCCUGGGCCUGAAAACUAGAGAAGCGGAAGGAAGGGGUUGCCACAUGUGUGCCUGAAAUGAACAGCUGGACUCCUGCUCCAUCCUCACCUGUGUGGACAAGUUAAAUAGCUUUCCCAAUGUGAAGAAGACAAGGAAUUGUUUUUCUUCCAGCCUUUCCCAAGCUGGUGCCCUCCAGAGGUUCUGGACUACAGCUCCCAUCAGCCCCAGCAUCAUAUAGCCAUGUUCAGAACUGCUGGAGGGCACCAGCUCAGGGAAGGCUGGGCGAGACCUCAUAGCCAGUUCCAUAUGUGACUUUGACGUAUGUUUGCUACUGCAUGCAAAUCUGUGGGCACCCACUGCUAGCAAAUACUUUUAUCAUGGUAAGAGAUCCCUGAACAUCUCCAGUCUCAAUGUUUUGGAUGUGUUGAUUUAAAUCAUCACUAGAAGUAUGUUUUAAAACCCCUUUUUGUCCCAUAGUGGGAUUCUAUGAUGCAACACACCAGCACAGAUUCUGAUGUGGGGGUUUCUGAUUCCGUUGUUGAGCUGAUGUUCUGUGAGGGCGAGGCAGGGUGAGUGCGCCGAAUAGGAUCCCUUCCUCCACUGUGAAUUUUGAAUUGUCUGCUGUUGGUCUCUUGUGUGUGUUUUCUUUCCUCCUGUUUUGUGUGAGCUUCCUCUUGAGAAUGCAUUUCGGUAAAGUUGCAGCAUGGGAGAGGCAGGACUCCUUUUACUGCUGUUUUGCUGCAGACCACCAGAAAACAAAGCCAAUGUUUCUGUGGCAAUCCCUUCACCAAGACUGCAUUGAAAGAGGGUUUUCUUCCAGCCCUGGAUUCCUUUGGCUCUAAAGCUGUCAUUUUGUGUGUAUGCAAGUUCCUCUAGCCCCUGUUUUCAUAGGACCCAUAGAUCGGUGGUGGUGGUGCUGCUGCUGCUGCUGAGAAGUUGAAGCUGCCCAUUGUGCAGAUAUUUUCCCUGAGAAGGAUCUGCCUUCAGACAGAGCCCUUCCAAAGUAUGGGGACUGGAUUUCUUUUGCUUUCGGUACAAUCAUGGAAGAGAUUCUACCCAGGGCACUUGAACGAAGAUUCCUUCUCAGGAAAGAGCCAAGGCAGCCUAUGAUGGAAAUUCUUCGGGGUAUAGAACAGAUUUCUUUUUUAAAAUAAUGUGGUUUGGGCAUACAUGUGGCUGUGUGUGCUUGAAUGGAAUCAGAGUGUUGGUUUUUUUAAAGUAAUUCCUCUACAGUGGGGAUGGGGCUUGCUGAGGCCAGAAGACGACAUGUCCCUGCUGGUGGUUAGAUUUGACUGACGCUUUGUCAAGUUGGGUUUGGCUUAAAUUGGAUCCAUCACUCUUUGAUGGAGCUGCAUCUGCUUUGUAGUCGGUGGUCAAAAAUGGCUUGUAAUAAAUGGCUUCUUUAAGCCUUUCACGUUAAUAAAAACUGAAUGGAAACUUACACACUUUUGUACCAGUUGAUGCCAUCGUCAUGAUGUUUCUGCUUUCGUUUCGUUAUGCUCUUUAAUUCCAGUAGUCUCUGAAUUUUAAGUUUUACUUUCUUCCUGUGUUAAAUUAUGGAAAUAAAAAAAAUUAACAUUUCAA